AUGAUCAAUGAUGAAACCAAACACCCGGACACAUAUCCGAAUCGUACACACCAUGUCAUAGUCGACGCUGGACUGGACCCGCUUAAACACCAAGCAUUCGUCGUGGUAGAGGAAGCUGGUUCUUUGACCCCGGGUCGGUCCCAUUUUCCACCCCUCCCUGGCGACGCGUCGAAUGAGAUUGUUGCAGCAGGUCCAUUUACUACAAGCGAUAAUUUGUUAUUUGAGCCUCUAACUGAGCUUCUAGCCUAUGCACGCCGAAAGCAACCUCAGUUGCUUGUCCUGCUGGGGCCAUUUAUUGAUUCUGAUCAUCCAGAGCUUAGCAAAGGAACUGUUGAUCAGACCUUUGAUGAAAUGUUUCACCUUCAGAUCCUUGAAAAGCUUCAAGAUUAUGUUGAGUGCAUGGGUUCUGUAGCGCGUGUGAUUCUUAUGCCAUCCAUCAGGGAUGCACAUCAUGACUUUGUUUUCCCUCAGGUUCAUAUUUUGGUAUUCUGUGUUAAAUUGAAUGCUGAUUUUUAUCUCACUAGGAAUAAUGUAAUCUGCUAUAACACUGAUGUAAAUGUGGCUUGCUGCACAGUGGACAUACUAAAACAUCUUAGUGCAGAGGAAAUUUGUCGGAAUCCACCAGGAGAAUCUAAGCAGCGAUUGGCUAAUCUAGCAAAACAUAUAUUGAGCCAGCAGAGCUUCUACCCACUGUACCCACCUGCAAAAGAAGUUCCUUUGGAUUUUUCUUUCGCGGAGAAAGCACUCAGAUUCUCUUUGACUCCAGAUAUACUAAUUUUACCUUCAGACUUGGCUCCGUUUGUGAAGGUUCUCACCAUUGAAGGUGGAGAUGAUGAUGCAGAACUCAAAAAUUCUCUUGGUUCUAUCUCUUAUGCUCUCGGCUAA